CACAUAGCCUACCUACUACAGCGCACUUUACAGCGCUGUGACUGUGACACAAUGCGCUUCAAUUUCUGGCGGAUUUUACGAGGAGUGACGGUGGAAUAAGAGGAAAUCAUACCAAUGCUAUCGUAGGAGCUGACCGAAUACCCUUCACUUCUUUCCCAGGAUUUCUUUUCUGUUUAACCCUUAUUCACAAUGCUUUACUUUCAGUUGGUGAUCAUGGCAGGGACUGUCAUGCUGGCAUACUACUUUGAGUACACCGAUACUUUCAACGUGCACAUCCAGGGAUUUUUCUGUCAUGACAAUGCCUAUACGAAGCCCUAUCUCGGACCAGAGGAGUCCAGUGCGAUCCCACCAGCCAUCCUGUACGCGGUGGUCACAGGGGUCCCCGCACUCGUGAUUACAGUGACAGAAUCCGUGCUCUUCUUGCUGCAGUAUGUCUCAGAGGAUCUGGACAACCGAGAGAAGAUCAUUGUGAUGGGCGACUGUUGUUAUCUCAACCCUCUGGUCCGAAGGACAUUUCGCUUUCUUGGUGUGUAUGCAUUUGGCCUCUUUGCCACAGAUAUCUUUGUAAAUGCCGGGCAGGUGGUUACGGGAAAUCUGUCUCCAUACUUCCUGACGGUGUGCAAACCCAACUACACUGCGCUGGGGUGCCAACAGGUGGUGCGUUUCAUCAACCAACAGGAAGCAUGCACAGGCAACGAGGAUGAUAUCUUACACGCUCGCAAAUCCUUCCCAUCCAAAGAGGCGGCCAUCAGUGUUUAUGCGGCUCUUUAUGUUGCUAUGUACAUCACAUGCUCGGUGAAGGCCAAAGGGACACGGCUGGCCAAGCCGGUGCUCUCUCUGGGGCUCAUUUGUCUGGCCUUACUAACUGGGAUUAAUCGAGUGGUGGAGUACCGCAACCACUGGUCUGAUGUCAUUUCUGGCUUCAUCAUCGGAGGAGCCAUUGCUGUUUUUAUGGUGGUGUGUGUGGUGAAAAAUUUCAAAGGGAAGCCCUUACUGGGUGAGAUACCGCCGGAGGAGAGUGUGUCCAGUGGUCCCAUGAUCACUCAGCCCAGGAUGGAGCACACUAUGGAGAAAUACAUAGCGUCCCAGAAUCCCAUCACCUAUGCUGAGAUCACAUGACAGUGAAAAGCCCACUAGCCAGAAUGCUGUGGAUAUGUUGCUGCUCUCCGAUGCGACUUUUUACUUUGAGUCCAAUGUCAAUAUGUGCUAUUUUUACACUUCUAUUUUCAAGUGUGGGGAAAAAGUUGUCUAUACCUUGUCCUCCUUUUUUUUUUUUUUUUUUAAAUACUGUAGUUAGGGUAGGGUCGCAUCCCUACUUUUAUUCAAACAUAUUACUGUUAGCAUUUUUUUUUUGUGAUUGAAUAUACAGGGUAUGGAGUGAAUGUGGAAAUGCAACAUGGUGUCCGAUGAAAUGUAUAAUGUAUAACAUAUCCUGAUGUACAAUUUACAACUGUGAGUCCAUUGUUGAAUUUUGAAGAAGUUUCUGUCUGACAAGAAUUAUUGUUGUUGAUCCUCAUAGAAAUCAGGUUCUUCUAUGAUUUUGUCUGAUGCUGGUUUUGUAAUUCUUUCUGUAAUUUUCUUUCCUGCCAUAACAUAUCACAUAAACACAACACAUUUUCAGAAAAGCAGACUGUUUCAGCAUUGCAUCAGAUUUUAUUCUAUGUAUUUUAAAGCAUGUUUAAAUCGCCAAUAGGUUUUAGUUAUGUUACAGUCAUGAAUUAUGAUAUUUUCUAGUGGAAACAAUAUUGUGGGAGGGUCAUUUUCAUUCUAGCGAGCAUCUGAUUGGUCAAAACCCAGUGUAGUACAGGAUGAGUCAUCAAUAUUUUUGUUCAGUUUUCCAGAAACUUUUAGUAGCAAUUACAUGGUCUCAAUAAACUUAAAAAAAUCAAUUUUUGAUUUCACAGAGUCUAUAAAGUGGGCUGAUGUGGGCAUGAAGUGAUAAGCAGAAAUAAUUAUUGAUUUUGGUGUCAUUAUGGCAGAGCACCUUGGGCAGAGCUGAUGGAUUUAAUUGUGACUGGCAAUUGAUUACAAGACUCACAAAGAUUAGAUGCUGAGGCUUUUGCCCAUAGAGGCUGCUAGGUUGUGUAUGAAGGAUCACUUUGUGUGCUUUAACGUUGCCAGUGUGUGUGUGUGUGUGUGUGUGUGAGUGUGUGCAUGUUUGUGCUUAUUUGUGAGUCUGCCCUUGAUGUCGCCUCUGAGAGAACGCAGUCUCUAGUGGCUUAGAGAAGGCCGUUUGUUUUCUUGGCAGAGCUGGAAUAAUACCUGUACCUGUGAAAGAGAGAGAGAAAGAGAUGGAAAGAAAGAAACCUUCAUUGUUUGGAAAACAGUGUAUCUCAGUCGUUUCAUACAGAUAUAAUGACAAUAUUUGCAUUAGGAUACAUUUGCGUUUUCAUAAUCAUAUGUGUUUUUAUUGUAUCAGACCUCACAGCAUCUAAGGUCUGCAGUGUUGAAUUGAUAUUCUGCAGAGUUUUACACCAUACUGAGCAUAUGUUUGAUCUCUCACUGGCCAAUGAUGAGAUUUGAUUUUCAAAUUCAUGCUUGAAUACAUUAUUAAAUACCAUGUCUCCUAAUGAUGUAAAUCAUUUAUCCAAUUCAUCUCAAUUCACAGUAGUAGUGCUACAGAACAUCCUGAACCCUUUUAUGUCCAGUGUUUGUGUCAUUAGUUGUGAAUAUAACUUUUUAGAGAGUUUUUGGCUGGCUCACUGAGGGUUUUGUAACGCACUCUUUGUAAAACUGCUUUGUGAUUGUGAAAGUGCUAUAUAAAUUGAAUUUACAAUUAUUCGGAAAGAGCUACUGCAUUACCUGCACAUUGACUUUAAUUCAGGGUUAUUUCUAGUGACAGUUGUGUGUUUUUUCCACCCAAAAGAGUUGGGAAAAAAUGCACAUUGGAAUGGGAUAAGAAUAUACAUUUGAGAUUAUGUUCCAGUCAUGAAAGCAAUGAGGUAACUCAAGUCCGCUCUAAGAUUUUGUUUUUCCUAAGAGGUUUUUUUUUUUUUUCCGAAAAAGCCUGAAAUAUUUUUAUAACCAUAUUGUAUGUAUGUUGGACAGCAUGGUCUGGCAAUGACCUCAGAGACUGAAUUGGAAAGGAAAGCAGAUCUUCCCUAAG